UCCCUUUAUAUAAAUCAACAUGAUUUAAGUCACAUCAAAUUCACGGCCCCGAUUUCGAUUUCAAGUUUCAACCACCACUGGGCAACCCGAUACCUUCAAUUUCCCUCCGGCUCCGGUCAUCAUUUUCCUCUUCAUCUCAUCUCUUGGAAGUUAGGGUUGUGGCUCCUCGUCAAUGGCUCCCGUUCUCGAUUGCGCUGGAAUCAUGCUACCAUACGCGUAGCCGGGAAUAGAUCUAAACUAGAUGAUAAGAGCACCGUCUGCAGCUGUUUUGGUUUUCGCCUUUUUUUGUACUUUCAAACUGUCCGAAGGAGAUGGAAUUGAGCUCUAGGAGUAGCGGGAACGGCGCCGGAGGAAAUGGAGCUCCUCCGCCUCAUCCACCGCAGCCGGCGCCUAUGCCUAGCGCCAACUCUCCGCCUCCGUUCCUGGUGAAGACUUACGACAUGGUGGAGGACCCGAGCACAGACAAGAUCGUCUCUUGGAGCGCUACUAACAACAGCUUUGUUGUUUGGGAUCCCCCGGAGUUCGGCAGGAACCUACUCCCCAAGUACUUCAAGCACAGUAACUUCUCCAGCUUCGUUCGCCAGUUGAAUACAUAUGGUUUUAGAAAGGUUGAUCCAGACCGCUGGGAGUUCGCUAACGAGGGUUUUUUAAGGGGUCAAAAGCACCUUCUUAAAAACAUCAGUCGACGAAAACCUGCUCAUGGACAGAAUCACCCGCAGCAACAACCACAAGGGCAAACCAGUUCAUCUGUUGGGGCAUGUGUUGAGGUUGGGAAAUUUGGUUAUGAAGAGGAAGUUGAGAUGUUGAAGAGGGACAAAAAUGUACUUAUGCAAGAAAUCUUCAGGCUGAGGCAACAUCAGCAAUCCACAGACAAUGAGAUGCAAACAAUGGCACAGCGACUCCAGGCUAUGGAGCAGCGGCAGCAACAGAUCAUGUCAUUCCUCGCAAAGGCCGUCAACAGUCCUGGAUUUCUGGCACAUUUCGUGCAGCAGCAAAAUGACAUCAGCAAUAGGCGCAUCACAGAAGGGAACAAGAAACGGAGGCUUAAACAGGAUGUUGGUGAAUCAGAUGAACAAUCUGUUAGCGCAGCUGACGGUCAGAUCGUGAGGUAUCAACCCAUGAUGAAUGACACAGCAACAACUAUGCUUCGACAGAUGAUGAAAAAAUUGGAUUCUCCUCCUCCUCCCAGACUGGAUAGCUCUGUUAUGGGUGAUGAUGUUUCAUCUCAGUCUAAUACAUUAGACCAUGAUAGCCCACCAAAUUGUGUUUCACUAACGGCUAUAUCUGAGGUUCACUCUUCCCCACCACUGAACACUGCUGAUAUGGGAAAUGAGCCAUUUUCAGAUACAAGUCCUGCGGUAGGGGCUCAAGAUAUGCUUCCUGCUUCAGAUAUGAUGAUUCCUGAGCUUUAUCGGAUACAAGAGGUUGUUGGGUCUCAAAGCAACAUGGGUAUCACUCCCACAUCACUGGAAGAGAAUGGGAAAAUGGACUUACAAAUCGAUGGAUUUUCUCCAGACCCUCAAAUCGAGUGGCAGAAUGCUCUGUUGGAUGAGGACCUACCUCUUGACACCUCCUUCUGGGAGAAGUUUCUUCUGAGUCCACCCGGUGCUGACGCGGAACAGAUGGAUUUAAUCGCAAGUGAAGAUCCCCAGGAUGACGAAACCACGACAGAUGAGAACAGGUGGGAGAACAUGGAACAGCUUACUGAGCAAAUGGGGCAGCUAAGUUCCACAAACACAAACGGUCAACCCUCUCCAAACGAAUGUACAUGAACGAACGAAUGAGGUACAAAUCAAAUCUUUAUAUAGUUUUAUCAAGUGAUCUUCAUGACCAGUUUCCCUUGCUGUCUCGUAAACUCGUGAUUCUUUUUUUUCUCUUUUCUUUUUUUCUAUACCAAGGCUUUUAGUAUCCCUAAAUUCCAUUGCAUACAAAUGCCUCUUUCACAUUGUUUUCAUCUUCAUGUAGCAAGUGGGUGUUUGGGUAUAUGCGAUUUGAAAACAUGCAAUGUGGUUGAAUGAUGCCGUGUUUUCAAAACGCGUUUUUGGGGUUGAAGACGUUGUGGUAUCACCUAAUGUUUGGAUAG